GCCGCCAAGGGCGCAGCGGCCUCGGGGCGCGGCCGCCCCGCUUCCCGUGGGCCUCACCCGCUCCCCUUCCCUGCUCCUCCGCUCCCGGUUCCCGCCUCCUCCGUUCUCCUUCCCGGCCCCUCCGCCGCCGCUCCCCUCGCCCUCAGCCAUGCUGCCCUCCCGAGGCCCGGCCCUGUGCACGGCGUUGCGGCGAGCAGCGCCCGGCGGCCUCGCUGCCUUCCACUCGUCCGCUGGGCGCUGCCGCGCCGCCCGCGUCGCUGUGGUCCUGUCUGGCUGUGGUGUCUAUGAUGGCACAGAAAUCCACGAGGCGUCAGCUGUACUGGUACACCUGAGCCGUGGGGGAGCUGAGGUUCAGAUGUAUGCUCCAGAUGUCCCCCAGAUGCAUGUCAUUGACCACAGUAAAGGGCAACCAGCUGAAGCUGAGUCCAGGAAUGUUUUAGUGGAGUCUGCAAGAAUUGCUCGUGGUAAAAUCGCAAGCCUGGCUAAGCUCACUACAGCAGACCACGAUGCUGUGAUAUUCCCCGGUGGGUUCGGAGCUGCCAAAAACUUAUCUACCUUUGCUGUUGAUGGGAAGGAUUGCAAGGUGAACAGGGAAGUUGAGCGAGUCCUGAAAGACUUCCACAAGGCAGGCAAACCUAUUGGCCUGUGCUGCAUUUCCCCAGUGCUGGCAGCAAAGGUGCUCUCUGGUGCUGAGGUAACCGUGGGCCACGAGGAAGAGGAAGGGGGCAAGUGGCCUUAUGCUGGGACUGCAGGAGCCAUCAAAGAGCUGGGAGCAAAGCACUGCGUGAAAGAAGUAACCGAAGCUCACGUGGAUACAAAAAAUAAGGUGGUGACCACCCCAGCGUUUAUGUGUGAAACAGCAUUGCACCAUAUCUUUGAUGGCAUUGGGGCAAUGGUAAAGAAUGUGCUAAAAUUAACUGGCAAAUAAAAUCAGAAAUGUUUAAAUUCAGGGUGUAGUAUCAAACAUGUCAUGGACCAAUGGAGACAUUUGCACCUGCUUGUCCUGUUCACACUCUAGUGGAUGCUGAUAUGAAGCUGGUUGAUUGCCAGCUGCAGGAUUUUCCAUGCCUUUUUGAGAGAGGGGCAUUGCAGCAGAGGACAAGGAGCCUGGCCUGAGACACAGAGCAUUUUCUUGGGCUUUUCCAUCUGGAGAGAGCUGACUGGAUGUGUUCUGAAACAAAGUCAUCCCAAUACACCGAUGUCAAACCAGUUCUAAGGGGGAAAAGGAUUCAAAGCCCUUUCAGAAGCUGAGAGCAGAUGCGUUGUAGGGAUUUGGCAUGUGGCAGCAUACCUAGUGGAUGAAGAAUGGGAGUGAAGAGGAAUGCUUCAAGGUGUCUAAGCUCAGGCCUCUGUCUGGGAACUAACAGCCAGGGUCAUUUGUUGAUGGAAAAAACAUCUUCCACAUCUUAAUUUAACUGGGUAUUAAUGAAAAGAUUUGGUUUCCAUUUCAAAGAAUCCUGCUUUCACGAAGUCAUUCUGAACACCAAUCAGCAGCAGGACACAACUGCCACAGUAGUAGCACUUUGAAAAACUCCUCCAUUGGCCCAUUGUUGUUUUAAAAGGUCUUGAAAUGAAGAACAAAAUAAUGCCUGCUGAUGUGACACACAAUUCUAAGGACAGCAGCCCUUAAAGCAGGUGUAUGACAAGCAGUGAACGGAAAAAACAAUCUCAAAUUAUCCCAGCUUCCCCUGCUUUAGGGUAAUAAAGCUUUCUGCAAAGAAGUAUUAAUGAAUGUCUGGAAUAAUGAUGUAUAAAUAAAUUCAUUUUUGCCUUUA